GCAACUAACACAAUCCUCAUUUUGGGGAGGGGAAAAAAGUAAGCUCGUUGAAAUUAAUGCUUUGUCCGUUAAUUUGUGUUCUUUUUAUAUAGAUAUUUUUCGAAGCGAAAGUGUUCCUCCCAUUUCUUCAGACGUUAGUGCGCGUUCGUGCCGUAUUUAAUAAUGUAAUAUUUACAACAACCUUGUUAACCCAUUUCGUUCUGUAAUUUUUGCAAAGCUUGAAAAAAAAGAAAAGGGGGGGGAAGGGUCAGCGGAGCGCAGCGCUUCCGCGUUUGCCCGCGAGAGGGGGCGUUACAGGCGUAGCAUCCAUAGAGACGGAUACAAAGGCAACAAUGGCCGAUAUAUCUCUGUAUCUCACUAACGUCAAUGUGUCGAUAGGGCAAAGCAUGGACUUGGAUCAGAUCCCAAAGCUGGCCAAGGACUUCGAGUGCGUCGAGCUUGGAGAGCUGGAGAAGAGAGAGGAAGAGCAAGAGCAGCGGGAGAAGGCUCCCCGUCGAAUAAUACAUUUCUCCAGUGGUGAGACCAUGGAGGAGUACAGCACCGAUGAAGAGGAGGGUGAGGACAAGGAGCCGGAGAAGAAAGACCUGCUGUCACCCCCCGUCGAUGCGGUGAGGACAAAGAUGACCUGGGGUCCAUAUUUCUGGUUCCACAUGUGGAGAGCGGCUACAUCCACCAUCUCUGCCUGUGACUACCUGGGGGAGAAGAUGGCCUCCCUCUUUGGAAUAACAUCAGCCAAGUAUCAAUAUGCUAUUGAUGAAUAUUACAGGAUGAAGAAAGAGAAGGAGGAAGAAAACGAAGAAAACCGGUUGUCAGAAGAGGCGGAGCGAGCCUUUGACCAGUUACGGUCUCAGGAGGACCAAGAUGAGCCGAUAACCAUGACGGACCAGCCGGAGGUUACCGCCCCCCAACCCGAUGUGACCUUUCAGGUGGAUAACGAAAACCAGGCCCCAUCAGUUACCAUCACCGUCCCUGCUAUCGUCACAGCCACCUAACUGCCUCUGGAAGCAGACAUUCACGCUUUCAUGUCUGUUUUUAUUUGGUAUAUGUUAAAAACGGGAAAACCAAUUUGUUUCAACGAGCACAGUUUGACGUUGUGUAUCACACGGCUUUGGAAAGUCAGCGCUUCCGUAUUUUGGUUUCACCACAGGGACAAAAGAAUUGAUUCUACUUUGCUCUCCGCUGAGUGUCUCUCUCUACAGUGGCUUUUAUACGGAUUAAAAUCUUUUCUGUGGAGCGAAGGUUAAAUGUUCCUCCGCUGUGCCUCUGAUGGACCGGACACUGUGCCUGUAGCUCACCAACACAGCCAAGUCAGUGCCAGAUCCAUAGGAAAACCAUUGAAAAUGCCUUCAAAUGAUCUGGGAAGUCUUGGAAAUCCUCUAGAUUAAAUCCAUCGUUAUUACCGUAUUCCCCGGACCACAAGUCGCACCUGAGUAUAAAUCACACUCGGCAACAAAAAACAUAUUUAAGUCGCAUUUAUGCGGCGGUACAAUAUUUUCAAUUGAGUCACAUGGUUAAACAGUGCCAUCUAUUGGCCUUAGUUGAAAUGCGGUGUAUUGGUCCGACAAAAUUACAUCGUAUAAGUCGCUUUGGAAUAUAAGUCGCAGGACUAGCCAUACAAUUAAAAAAAACAGCGACUUAUAGUCUAGGAAAUACGGUAGAUACUGGAGCACUGGAGUACAGAGGUCUGGUUGAAAUUAUGCACUGCACACGAAAAAAAAAAGCCUGCGGCUACAUCAAAAAAACACUCAUUUUAACACUAACAUGUCUUUCACUUGUUAAUUUAUGUGUUUGUAUUAAUGUCUACAAAGCUUGUAAUGCACUGAACGUCUGUGGAAGCACUGAGCUGACACCAUUUAGCCUUAAUGACUCAUUGGUUCUCCAAUCAUCUCUGGACUAUGGGAUCUCCUGACCAAUUUUUCAAUUUUGACUGAUAUUUUAAUGAAAAACAAUGGGUGGAAAAAAAGGUUUUGGUUGUCUACAUGUUGUUUUCUAAGUAUGCCUUAUCUAAUUAUGAUUUAAUUUGUCAUUGCACUAUAUGUGGUAUGUAAGCCUUGGAUAAUGAAAGGGACUGAUUUUCAAGUCAGCAUUAAGACACAUGAAUUUAAUCUUCUGUUUGUCUUUAGUACAAUUUCUAAUAAUGUAUUUAUUUCACUGAAUUGACUGAGAACUUAUUUUAAUACAUUUUUCUAUUGUUUUGGUAAAAAAAAUAUACCCUAAUUAACUGUCAAUAAAGUCAAAGUUAUCACUAA